GGAGCGAGGAGCCGGCGGGAAGGGGAAGCCCAGCGAGGCUACAGGAAGCCGCGGCCCCCGGUGAUGAAUAGGAAAGCCGGGAGCACAGGAUGUGCUCGGGGAGAGCCCGGCGGGACGGCGGGAUGUGAGCGGCGGCUCCGCCGGCCGCCCGUCCAUUCGUCCGGCGGGAUGGCCGCGCUCCGGCCGCUGCUGCCGCUGCUGCUGCUGGCCUGGGGCUGCGCGGGGGAGGACGUGGAGGUGCUGUGCGCCGACAGCGCCUGCUACACCCUGCACCGCGCCGACAGCACCUGGAGGAGCGCCCAGACGCGCUGCCAGGACAACGGAGGCAACCUGGCCCCGGCGCGCAGCGCCGCCGAGGCCGCCCGGCUGCGGCAGCUGCUGGAUACUGCCCGCUGGGCCGGCCCGGCUUGGUUCGGGCUGGCCCUGCCCCGGGGGCACUGCGUGCAGCCGCAGGAGCCGCUGCGAGGCUUCUCCUGGGUAGGCGGCGGCGAGCGGGGCAACUUUUCGGCGUGGGCGUCGGAGCCGGCGGACACCUGCGUGAGCGCCCGCUGCGCCAGCCUGCGGCCGGACGGCGGCUGGAGCGAGCGGGCGUGCCGGAGCGCGCUGCCCGCUUUCCUCUGCAAGUUCGCCUUCCGGGGGAUGUGCGGGGCGCUGCCGCUGGCGGGCGGCGGCUCCGUGUCCUACAGCACCCCGUUCGGGGCGCGCACCGCCCGCCUGGCCGCCGCGCCCUUCGGCACGCUGGCCGAGGUGCGCUGCCGCAGCGGGGGCGCCUCGCUGUUCGCGGUGUGCAAGGGGGCCGCGCCGGAGGCCGGGGGGUUCGCCUGGCACCCCCCCGGCCCGCUGUGCCCGGUGGAUUGCGGGGAGAUGAACGGCGGGUGCCAGCAGCGCUGCCUGGACGCUCCCGGCGAGGCGCCGCGCUGCGCUUGCCACCCGGGCUUCGCGCUGGCCGCCGACCUGGCCUCCUGCGUCCCCGAGGAUUCCUGCCACCCCAACCCGUGCCAGGGCUCCUGCCGCCCGCUGCCCGCCGGCUUCGAGUGCGGCUGCGAGCCCGGCUUCGCGCUGGCGGCGGACGGCCGCGGCUGCUCGGACGUGGACGAGUGCGAGUCGGGGCCGUGCGAGCAGCGGUGCCAAAACACCCCCGGCAGCUUCCAGUGCCUCUGCGGGCCCGGCUACCGCCCCGCCGGCCGCCGGUGCCACGACGUGGACGAGUGCGCGCAGCCCCACGCGUGCCCGCAACUCUGCAUCAACAUCCCCGGCUCUUUCCGCUGCGCCUGCCGGCCCGGCUUCCAGCGGCAGCCGGGAGGGGAUUCCUGCCUGGACGUGGAUGAGUGCCUGCGGGGUCUGUGUCCCGGCGCCUGCCGCAAUUUCCCCGGCGGCUACGAGUGCCUGUGCCCGCCUGGCUCCGUCCGGGAUGGCGAUGGGCGCGGGUGCAGCCCGGGAGAGGCGAUCCCGGGUAGAAUUCCGCAGGGCUCCAGCAUCCCAGAGAGCUCCGGCAUCAUCCCGCAGAGUUCCAGCAUCCCAGAGAGCUCCAGCAUCAUCCCACAGAGUUCCAGCAUCCCAGAGAGCUCCAGCAUCAUCCCACAGAGCUCCAGCAUCAUCCCACAGAGCUCCAGCAUCAUCCCACAGAGCUCCAGCAUCCCAAAAAGCUCCAGCACCGCCCGGCAGAGCACCAGCAGCAUCCCGCGCAUCCCACGGACCACGAGCAUCCCGGGAAUGGCCACGCCGGGAUUGGGGGGCGGCUCGGAGGAGCGCAGCGCCGACGGCCCCCGGCUGCUGCUCUACUACAUCGUGGGCAGCCUGGUGGCCAUCCUGCUGCUGCUGGCGUUCGCCCUGGCGCUGGUGGCCUGCAGGAAAAGGGCGGCCAGGAGGGAGAAGCCGCCGGCCAAAAGCGCGGCCGAUAAUUAUUGCUGGGUGCCCGAGCAGCCCGAGAGCCGCGGGGAGCGCAGGUAGGAAGGGGUUAAAAAUCCCGCUGGAAGGGUGGGGAGGGAAUGCUCUGUGCCCCAAGCGAGCUCCUCCGGCCGUUCCAGCGGGAUUUGCCUUGGAAAAGGGUUGGAAGUCGGGAUGGGAAAGGGAUGUGCCCCUGCAGGCACAACCAGGGUGGGGUUUAGGGGUUAUUUUUGGGGUUUUGUUCCAAGCCUGUCUCCUGAAACCAGGGGAAAAAAAACUGCUCAGCACGGAGCCAAGGGGUGGCAUAAAGGUAGGAAAAGCUGUGUUUGGAAUAGCCACCUCCUCAUUUCCAGAGCAUCCUGCCUAAAUCCUCCUCUAAACAGAGAAAAUAAUGCUCUCCUUCCCAUCAGCCGCCUGGGAGGCCGGGCUUUUCCUGUUGGAUCUUUUUUUUUUUUUUUGGGAAGGAUCCUUCCUGGCUCCGGGCUGAGUGUGUUUCCCCCUCUUUCCACGUGUAGGGAACACGCUGGGAUUGGAAUAUUUGCUGAUAAUUCCGUGUAAAACUCAUAAACCCCCCAAAGCUCUCCAUGCCAAGUUGCUCCCUAGGUGCUUCCCAAAAUUCCUUGAGCAUCUUCCAGCGCGCCUUUCCAGCAGGGAAUUCUCUCCCAAAAAUCCUGAUGGGCACAUCCAGCAGCGCCUUCCUCCGUGGUUUAUCCAAGCUCUGAAGGGCUGGGAAAAGAUCAGCCGCGGGAUUUGAAGGGUUGUGAAGUUUCUGUUGGAAUUGUUUUGUCCCUGGAGCUGAACUGCUCCGGGAAUGGGGGUGGAACACACAAAGGAGUUUGUGGUGGGCAGGGAGCUGCAUCCUGUGCCGAGGAAAACCCUUUCCUGCUUUUUUUUUUUUUUUUUUUUUUCCUUGUCUUGGGGCUCCAUUGUGAGCUGCAAACAGGAAAGUGGAGCUGAUAGGAAUGUUCUCCAUGUGCUGACCGGGUUGGGAGAAAGGGGGGGGGGAAAUGCUGAAAAUUCCCAAAUCCCAAACCAGCAGAGCAUUGGGAGUAGCUGGAUCAAUGAAAUAAAUUAAUUAAUUAUGCCGGCUUGGGAUCCUUGGGAUGUGGCAGCCUUGGGGUUUUUUAUGGGAUAUCAAAGGGAAAAAAAUGGGAAUCAGAGCUGGGAAAACCCUGAGGUGUGCUGUUUGUUCCCAAAAAAUCACUCUGUGUAUUCCAGCGGGGAGCGAUGGUGGAUCUGGGGGAAAACAAGAAUUUGUGCCGAGGUUUAAUUUGGAUCCUCCCUCCUGCUGCAAUUCCAUGGAUCCAACCUCACGCCUCUCAUUUUCCUGCCACACCUUGAUCCAGGGAUGGUGAAUCCCACAGUUUGGAGCGGGAUAAUUUGGUGCUGUGCUUUCCACAGGAGAUGGGAUGUUCAUCCUGCUCCUGGGAGUUUGAUUUUUUUUUUUUGUAGUGGAUGAGUGUAUUGUUUUUUGGAUUUAUAGGAUAAAGUUAUCCCAGCACUUCUCUCCGGGUGAAAUUCCGAGAAAACCUGGACAAAAAUGUGUUUGCAGUGGGUUUUAAUAAAGAUAUUCCUAAAAAUC